GUACGUAUCCGAAUGUCUAAUUCCAUGAUGAAGAAAGUUAAACUUAGUGUUAGUCGCGGAAUGUCUAAUUCCAUGACAAAAAAAGUUGAAGUCAAUGAUUAUGUACACAGAGACAUGUUCAGCGAUUUACCUGAGUGCAUUAUCCUUCACAUACUCUCUUUUUUGAAUACCAAAGAUGUCGUUAGAACAUGUAUUUUAUCCUCAAGAUGGAAGGAUCUCUGGAAACGUCUCCCUGCUCUUAGUUUCGAUUAUCGAGACUUUCGAACUGGUGAUAUGUUCAACGAGUUUGUGUUUAAGGCUUUAUCUCUUCGCGAUUCUUCUAUCUCACUGCACACUCUCGACUUUGAUAAAGGAAUUUGUCGCUUGGAGCGUCGCUUACUUAGAUUUGUUGUGGAUUAUGCUAUUUUACACAAUGUUCAACGGCUCCGACUUAGUGCAGCUAGUGGCACUGCACAAAUUCCUCACAAAUUAUUUUCAUUGAAGACUUUAACACAUCUCACCCUUGCUAUUUCCAAUUCCAAGCGCGGCUUUGACCACAUUUCUCUCAAUUUGCCAUCAUUAACAUAUCUUAACCUUUCUAUUCAUCAUGCUAUGGAAACCCCGUUUCCAAACUCUCUCACUUUGCCAGCAUUAUCUACCUUGGAACUAGACAAUCUUAAGUUUUAUGUUGGCGAUAAUGGUUGCGCUGAACCAUUUUCGACCUUUAGUAGGUUGGAAAGUUUGUCCGUUUCCGAAUGCACCGUGAAAGGUGCAGGAACCCUCUGCAUAUCAAGCGUAAGUCUCGUCAAUUUUAAUAUGUACAUUGAGUCAGACGAAGACGACUAUUAUAAAAUUGUUCUUUGCACUCCGGAUCUUCGUACAUUUGCUUUUAGUGGAUAUCCUUAUCAGGAUAUAUCUUGGAGCAAUGUUUCUUCUCUUGAACAUGUAGAUAUUGACGCGGAAGUAUUUUUAAGUAGUUGUGCGCCCGUCUCAGGAAAUCGAUUUCCAGUAUAG